GGUCAACAUGUAUAAUGAAGGCAUUGGGAGUUCGUUCCGGUCUUGAGUUGUGUUUAUAACUUGGUGUUCAUUGCUUGGCUGGCGUACUACCUUGGGCAGGGUUCAUUCUUAUGCCUAAGCAAGUGCUGCUUGGAUUGAGUAUGAACGCGGAAUCUUUGGCGACAUCUGUGGAUAGUUAAAGAAAUGUGUGUCUCCUCAAGCUUGCUCUGUUGUUGCUGUGUUGUGUUGUCACUGGUCCCCAUCUGAGCUACCCCGCGUUUUCCAUAGCUUUCCCGCACCCGCGGCCUUUGUCCACCUCGGUCCAUUUGAGGUGCUUACUGAAGGCGUCUGCCCUUUCAACUCCGUGGGCCUACCACUAUUGUCAAAAUGCCACACUCAGAUCAUGCAACCUCUCAACCCUCAAGGACCUUUAGAGACCUUGCUCCCUUCCCAGACAACGUGCCCACGGCACCACUCCUCCGCAUAUCCUUAGUCAAGUUGCUGGCCCAGGAUGCAGACGAACAGGAACGAUGCUGGCAAGCCUGUCAAGAGCUCGGCUUCUUCUAUCUCGAUCUAGGUGGCGACGGCAGCGAAGAUCUGCUCGCCGACGCAGACCGACUCUUCUCCCUCAUGAAGUCUUUCUACGAUAUGCCUGUCGAAGAGAAAGUCAAGUACGAUUUCAAAAGCAAGGGCAGCUACUACGGCUACAAAGGCUAUGGCGAGGGCAUUAUCAAUGCAAAGGGUACACGAGAUAGGAAUGAGUUUUACAAUGUUAGCAAGGAUGAUAUCCUUGGCUUGAGCGAGCGGCUUCCCUGUCCUGGUGUCCUGAAUGGUGAGGAGCAGAGGGGCUUGUUCAAAAGCUAUAUCGAGCGUAGCCACACUAUCUGCGCUUCCAUUAUCACCUUGCUCUCGACUCGCCUUCCGCUCACGCAACCCGCGCGACAGGAUGGUGGACUCGAGGCGCUACACAGAUUGAACGCAACAAGUAGCGACCAAAUCCGCUUCGUCCACGCGCCGCCACAAGAUUUCACCACAAAGGGCAUUGCGCUCGGCGAACACACGGAUUUCGGUUCCGUAACCGUCCUCUUUAAUCGCCUCGGCGGUCUGCAGGUCCGGCUGCCAGAGCACAUGUCUGCCGUCCCUGCGACACGAGACGGUGCAAGCGACACAGAGAAAAGCCUCUGUGAAGAAGGGUGGUGCUACGUCCAACCGCUUCCAGGGCACUGCAUCGUCAACCUCGGCGAUGCACUUGUCAAGUUCUCGAGCGGGAAAUUGAGGAGUAACAUUCAUCGAGUUGUUGCACCGCCCGGACGGCAAGGUGAGAGCACGAGGUACAGUCUGGUGUACUUCUGUCGGCCGGAGGAUGAUGUAAUACUUAGGAGCCUGGUUGAGGGUGGUGAGCAGGAGGACGAGCAGGUUUCAGCGAAAGAGUGGAUUCUGAGACGCGCGUUGGGGAGGAGAGAAGCUGGAGGGUGGGAGGAGAGUGGCGGGACAGAGGAGGGGAGUAUGCGGAGGGGUGGGAUGAGGGUGUGAAGUGGACGUCUUAUUGCUCGGACGCAUAAUCGUGUCUGACAUAUGGGUAUCCUUCUUUGUGAUUCAGGGCAAACAGAUUGUGGUUCAGUUGCUCACGGAGUACACUUGACUGGCUUUGCGCCCGUUCAUACAGUGUUUCUUUACCCAUUGCAUCCAGGUUUACACUAAGUUUGUGUCGAAGAGUUCAUCGGGAUCUCAUGUAUACAGGCUUCAAAUCCAUGAAAAUAAAAGACUGACGCUUCC